GAGGGAAUGAGUACAGCUGUGCCUGGGGCUGUCAUCCAUCACCCACUGCUUCCUCUGUGACAGUUCAUUCAGUUAUAUUGGCCCUUUCUUAUAGUGUCAUAUUUAGUUUCUCUGAGCAUUACAUGGUCUGACCUUGGGGUAAAUUUGCCAGGACGUCCACUCUCGGGAAAACUGUGGCAUUAUGUUAACACGCAGCUGUUCCAGACCAACAAGCUGCCAAAAUGUCAGCUGUCAUAGAGGUGCCCAUGCUUGCUGAUGAUGAUCAGAUGAAGUGCAGUGAGUGGCAGUGACUUUCAUGUUAAGGCCCAAAAUGUCCUGCAGCAGUUUCCUUUUUGAUGGCUAUCACUGUGAAGAGAGCCAUCAGGGAUGGAGAUUUGUUUCCCCUGCAGGGGAUGAGAGAGUCUGGACCUGGCCAGGUCUUGGUUGCUUGCUUUCAUCCUCCUUCAUCAGCAUCCCUCUUACCUCUCUGUGACUGCAGACAGGCCCGCAGCUUUGAGGGGCUGAAUGGCACUUGUCUGUUUCAAGCUCAGCAGAGGCUCCUGACGAGGAAGAAGAAACGGCAAGAAAUUCUGAGAAAAGUCAUCUAAACCACGACUGUACUUGUCACGAUGGCGGCCAACAGAGAGCACCAAGUGCGUCACAUGACAGGUUACCCUCGUGCCUUGUACCCCUUCACCUUUAACUCCAUGCGGAGCCACUCCCCCUUUGACCUGCUGGCCAGUAGUCACCUUUUUGGCCGUUUCGGCGCAGACCUCCCCAAAGAGAUGGCUGCAUUGUCCGUGGAGACCCAGAGCACCAGUUCUGAGGAGAUGGUGCCGAGCUCUCCUUCGCCUCCUCCUCCUCCUCGGGUUUAUAAGCCGUGCUUUGUGUGCCAGGACAAGUCAUCUGGUUAUCACUAUGGAGUGAGCUCCUGUGAGGGCUGCAAGGGUUUUUUCAGGCGCAGCAUCCAAAAGAACAUGGUGUAUACGUGCCACAGAGACAAGAACUGUCAGAUCAACAAAGUGACCCGCAACCGCUGCCAAUACUGUCGGCUGCAGAAGUGCUUUGAGGUCGGCAUGUCCAAAGAAGCGGUGCGUAACGACAGGAACAAAAAGAAGAAGGACGUGAAGGAGGAAGUGGUGCUGCCCGAGAACUACGAACUAAGUGGAGAACUGGAGGAGCUGGUCAACAAAGUCAGCAAAGCUCACCAAGAGACCUUCCCGUCUCUGUGCCAACUAGGAAAAUACACCACAAAUUCAAGUGCUGACCACAGAGUGCAGCUGGACUUGGGCCUAUGGGAUAAGUUCAGUGAGCUCUCCACAAAGUGCAUUAUAAAGAUUGUGGAGUUUGCCAAGCGGCUACCAGGCUUCACUACGCUCACCAUCGCUGACCAGAUCACCCUCCUCAAAUCUGCAUGUCUGGACAUCCUGAUGCUGAGGAUUUGCACUCGCUACACACCAGAGCAGGACACGAUGACCUUUUCAGAUGGCCUGACUCUAAACAGGACCCAGAUGCAUAACGCCGGCUUUGGCCCGCUUACAGACCUGGUGUUUGCCUUCGCCGGUCAGCUGCUGCCUUUGGAGAUGGACGACACGGAGACGGGGCUGCUCAGCGCCAUCUGUCUCAUCUGCGGAGACCGUAUGGACUUGGAAGAGCCGGAGAAGGUGGACAAGCUGCAGGAACCGCUGCUAGAGGCCCUGAAGAUCUACACCCGACGCAGACGCCCGAACAAGCCUCACAUGUUUCCCCGAAUGCUGAUGAAAGUCACAGACCUCAGGGGAAUCAGCACCAAGGGUGCAGAAAGAGCCAUCACACUAAAGACAGAGAUCCCCGGCCCCAUGCCUCCCCUGAUCAGGGAGAUGCUGGAGAACCCGGACUCCUUCGAGGACAGCAGCGACUCUGGCGACAGCGGCGCAGCUGCUCCCCCUGCCAUUCAAGCCAUCAAGCAAGAGGACAAGGCCACGUACGAGUCAGCCUUCGAGGAAGAAGAGGAGGAGGAAGAGGACGACUAUUGGGACGAGGAGAAAGAGCGAGGGGCAGACAGCGACGGAGAGGCGUGGGGGGAGGCGGCAGCGGGCGCGCAAAAGAAAGGCGUGACAGGGAAGACGCAGUGAGAGAGGGAAGGAGAGACACAAGACGACACCGCUGCCUCGCACGGAUUGGCCGAGCGCCGCCGCCGAGCAACGUCAGCUCGCGGAAACCUCACAGAUUAAAGCUCUUAAAACGGCGUUUCGCACAGCACAUAUCCGCGUAUACUGUACAUACUGACUGAAAGGAAAAUGUGUUCAAUUCAGUGUAGAAAGUGAGGAAUUUGGAGACGCAAAAGCACUACAUUUCAGUGGAUUGAUGAGGGCACAGUUAAAAAAGAAAAUCACAGUGCCAGAAUGUUUAAAAGAUAUAUAUAUGUUAAAAAAAAAAAGCGUUUUGUCCGCACAAAGACAGGAAAAACAGUUGUUGAGAGACAAAAAAUGCACUCCUCCGCUAUCUAUUAAGGGCUAUGCUUUGUAUAAAAUUGAUGGUAAGAGUACAUUGCAGCGACAGAACUCUUAUGUGGCGUCCAGAUGCCACAGAUGUCUUCUCAGAAUUACUUUUAUUACUAUUCAGAGAUAUGCUACUUAUUUUUUCAUUGUAUGGUUUUUAUAAGCAUGUACACAUUACUGUUUUGUCUUUUGCUUGUUUGUGGGACCUCGUGUUGCUUUUUUUGUGUAUAUUUUCACACUCAGUGCUCGCAUCUGACUGGACAAUUUGUGCUUUUUAUCGUAUGCGUUAGUUUUAUCGGACACAGUGAAGCAAUAGCAGAAGAAAAGAGGAAAACAAAAAGGAAAAAGAGCAAUAGCUAAAGAGUCAUGGGAGUCAUGAGCAGGACUCAAACUCACAGUGUGAUCAUUCAGGAUUAGUGAUUGGCUAAUCUGAAAGAAAUGCAAGAGGACUUCAGCUUUAAUUCAAACCCUGGUGCUUGUGGGCCAAAUAAUAAAAAUGUCAGAGAAAUGCGGGAAAACAUAUCUCCAGUUGAUCAGGGCCACGCUUCACCUGUUUUUACAGUAUUUCUUUCCCAUCAGACGUUCUUUCACACAGGUUAGGAAUCAUUAACACUUACAGUGCAUGCACUCGUUCAAACAGCCAGGUACAGUUAAGCCAUAAGAUUUUCUUCUUGUUUUUUUAAGGCGAGCAAAGACUCAUCCAAGCAAACACAACCAUUAAAAGCCGUUUACAUCACAGAAACCUCAGAUGUGUGUGUGUGUGUGUGAGUGUGUGAGUGUGUCCCAGUAAACAGGGUGGUGUCAUAGACAUGUUACAUCACUGCCAUCAUCCACAUGAGUGAGUGUGCAAUUAUCAGCAUCUGUAAAUGUGUAUAAAAUGGAUUUUGCAACUAAAAAUUAAAAAAAAUGUACAAAUAUUAGAUUUUUUUUCUUUAGGCUGGAGAAAUCCUUCGCACAUACACUUGUUUUGGGACUUAGCUCGAGUUCUGGCCAACAACCGUCCAACACAAACAGGCACUGAGUGACUGAGUGGGGUUCUCGUGUGCUGCGUUCAAUGAGUCAUGAAAGAUGAAACUGACAAAGACCGCUGCGGUGAAGCAGUAUAAUGAUAUUUACAAGUUAAAGCUGUAUCGAGCGCUAUGUUGAUAAAGACAGAAGGCGUGUUAAAUAAAAGAGGCCCACCGAGUUUGCUCCUAAAUUUGGUAAUUUUGCUGUUUUAUUGUGAAAAUCUUACCGUGGGAAAGGACAAAACACACCUUGGACACAAUCAGCCCGACUCAAACUGUUCAGUAUUUAAAAGUACUUCUGUUUCGUAUAACCAUGAUAGUUUGGAAUAGGUUUUUCCUUCUUUUAUUUGUUUUAAAACCUUUCAGUUUUCUGGAUUUGAGCUGGUGCAGUUUAAAAAGAGCUCUACGCACGAGUACGGCAUUUAAAAAAGAUCAAAUAUGGAUUUUACGUUACAUUUGGAUGAAAACAAAACAUUUGCAAUGCCUAUCGCUUUUAUUAAGGUCGUUGUCUCUAUCGUGUUCAGGGAUUCAGGUUCCUCAUGAGUUUUAAUUCAACUUGACUUGUACCAAAAUAGCUUUGAUGGCUCUGACAUCCAUGCACUCACACACACACACACGGAAAUCCAAAAACUGGGUUGAUAUGUUCUUGUUUUUACAUUUUUAUGAGAAGUCAAUACUAUAUUUUGCUGUUUGGGGGCUCGUGAUUUGUUAUUUGUUGUUUCUUGUAUUUUGAUAAAUGCUCUUUUUGUUCUCAGACCUUA